AUGAUUCUCCUUCUCACUCUUCUCCCCCGACUUCCCCCAAUUCAGAUUUCGUGUAUGAUUCUCCUCUUCUUCCCCGACUUCCCCAAUUCGGAAUUUCGUAUGAUUCUCCUCUUCUCACCCGACUUCCCCCAAUUCGGAAUUUCGUAUGAUUCUCACUCUUCUUCCCCCGACUUCCCCCAAUUCGGAAUUUCGUAUGAUUCUCCUCUUCUCCCCGACUUCCCCCAAUUCGGAAUUUCGUAUGAUUCUCCUCUUCUCACCCGACUUCCCCCCAAUUCGGAAUUUCGUAUGAUUCUCACUCUUCUUCCGACUUCCCCCAAUUCGGAAUUUCGUAUGAUUCUCCUCUUCUCACCCGACUUCCCCCAAUUGGGAUUUCGUAUGAUUCUCACUCUUCUCACCCCGACUUCCCCCAAUUCGGAAUUUCGUAUGAUUCUCCUCUUCUCCCCGACUUCCCCCAAUUCGGAAUUUCGUAUGAUUCUCCUCUUCUUCCCCGACUUCCCCCAAUUCAGAAUUUCAUUUCGUAUUCUUCUCCCUUCUUCCCCGACUUCCCCAAUUCAGAUUUCGUAUGAUUCUCACUCUUCUUCCCCGACUUCCCCCAAUUCGGAAUUUCGUAUGAUUCUCACUCUUCUUCCCCGACUUCCCCCAAUUCGGAAUUUCUUCUCUUCUUCCCGACUUCCCCCAAUUCGGAUUUCGUAUGAUUCUCCUCUUCUCACCCGACUUCCCCCAAUUCAGAAUUUCAUUUCGUAUGAUUCUCCUCUUCUUCCCGACUUCCCCCAAUUCAGAUUUCGUAUGAUUCUCACUCUUCUCCCCGACUUCCCCCAAUUCGGAAUUUCGUAUGAUUCUCACUCUUCUUCCCCCGACUUCCCCCAAUUCGGAAUUUCGUAUGAUUCUCCUCUUCUCACCCGACUUCCCCCCAAUUGGGAUUUCGUAUGA